AUGAGAGGACUUCAGUUCCUCGAAAGGACCCCUGUGUUUGCUCUAAAUGAGCUGCAGGUGGCUCCGUGGCCAGUGCAGCUCCAGGUUGAUGGAAUAAAAAGCCACACAUACCUCCCCGCUGGAGGAGUUGUCAAGGCGGUGCCCACACUGGUGACUGAACAGGUCUGUGAGGGGUCGUUCUUUUCUAAUAUCGACAAGAAUCUCUUUAGAAUGUAUAGUACUAUCAAAGCUACCCUUGCUGGCCACUCUUCUGAGCGCCUGUUCAAGGCCGCGCUUCAGUCUGCCAACCCAUACGCAGAGCUCUUUGGGACGAUUUUGCGGAACAAGGAGUUGUCAACAUUUCGUUUUCUUGAGCUCGGACUAAGCUGCCAACUGUUUGCACACCUGGAUCGAGCCAUGCGGAGCCUUCUAACACCUUCUGAAGCCGGGCAGUAUAUGUGGAACUUUGUAGCCAUCUCGCCACAUCUAUACAUGGAUGGCAUUCGUACAUACCUCGAGACACGCAUCCCAGAUGUCCCAUUGAGUCAAGUCCGAAGUAAGAUUCCCUUGAACUACAUCUGCAUUCACUCUAGAAAGGAGUCGCCGCGGUGUACAUAUUCUAAGAUUCCUUUCAAGGCCAUUCAGGGCCCGUCUAUUGACGAUUUUUCACAGGUUGAAAAGCUGCGGGGCAUGAUUGUCUCCUCUACCCACAGUCAAGGUGCACACUUUCUUCUACUUGAGUAUGACCCGACAAUACCGGGUACCGAGCUAUACUCAAACUAUAUUCAAUACUCCCAGCUCCCCUACUUCAUAGUAUCCGUCUUGCUCGCUAUCUCACCAAGCACAGUCAAAUUUGGCGGCUCCUGUGUCUUCAAGGCAACAGACCUCUGGUCACCUAUACACGCAGAGCUGCUUCACCUUUGUGAGGCCUGCUAUGAGUAUGUCGCAGUCUGUAAAACUGCUACGAUGAGGAUAUUAGACACAGAGCGGUGGGUCGUGCUGAAAGGACGCAACAGAAACAUGUAUGAUAUCGACUAUCCUAGUUUUAUUAGCUCGAUAGAGAAGAUCAUCAACGUCACAUACCCAAAGACACCAAAGGAGCCAUUCACAUUUUGCAGCUCUAUACUGGGCCCCUUUCUUCAGCGCUCCACGCACCCUAUAGACAUCUUUAACAAUACAGAAAGCUCUACAAGUCUCGCACAGUAUAUUUUCUACAACAACAACUCCGUAUUAACUCUCCAAACAAGCCUCUACAUCCAAGCCUUACUUCUCCACGGCAUAAAUAGGAAAAGCUACACUGGACUCAUCCAGUUUAUCAAGGAGUAUGCAUCGGUCUUAACUUUUAGUGGCGUGCCAGCACCUGCUGAGCCAUCCAGACAGAAAGAGGUGGAAGCGCCUGUUCAGUCAGGUGAAGCUGAAGUUGUCCGUAAAGAAGAAAAGGCAACUCUUGAUCCAUCAUCCCACGAGCAGUCUUGUUCAUCAAAUGAUAGCUCUGGUAUGAUGGCCUUUAGUGAAGGUAGUGACCCAGAUAACAAUUCACUAGACACACAUAAGGCACGAAUAAGCAAUGAUAUCCUAGUUCCGCCCUUAACGACUGAAUAUGCCGAUGAAGGCAACGCUAGCACAGUUAGCGCGGAAGCUCUAGCCAUGUGCGAACGGCUGAAUCAACACAUAGGGAAGCACUACACAGAAGUGGACAUAGACGCUCUAGAGAGUUAUUUGAUGACGCACUACUCUGUGCGCCCAAGGCAAGUCAUUCCCUACCAGUACUACAGAGAUAGAAUGUUUGGAUACUUCCGUGAGAUUUUCACAAUGAAGCCUGAUACACGCAGUAUAGAAUACAUCAUCGGAAAAGAUUCAGAUCACCCCGGUAGUGGCAUAAACUGGAGCAAGGCUGAGCUGCUUUACUCCAGUACUGCACAGCUCGUGGAGCGCGAACAAGAGAUGCGAAAGGCAGAAGCGGAAGCAAAAGCUCGCGAAUCCAUGCGGAAAAAGGACGGAGGUGCAGAAAUAGUCAAGAUAGGAGGCCUUGCUACUAUUAAUGAUGCAAAGGAACCGGCACCUAGUUCAGCCAAGGAGCCUGAAAGAAAGCAGAAAACAAAAAAGAUCAAUAGUAAGUAA